AUGGCUCUGGUGUGGGUGAUGCUCGGGAACCUAGCGGCAAUGGAGGCGGUCAUGCUCCUCGUCCUCCCCGCCCCCGGCCUCGACGUCCUCCACAGGGUUCUGAGCUCCUUCACCCGCGGCCUCCUCAAGCCCCUCCUCUCUGUCGUGCCGCUCUGCCUCUUCCUGCUCCUGGACAUCCACUGGAAGUACGAGACCCGCCCCAGCUGCGAGCUUGAGUCGUGGUGCCCUCCGACGGUGCGCCUCCGCGACCAGAAGUCCGUCCUAAAGAGCCAGCGCAACGCCUUCCUGAUCGGCGCCGCCCUGGCCUUCUACUGGCUGCUCUACUCCGUCGCGCACAUGGUGGUCAAGAUCGAGCAGCUCAACCAGCUUCUCGCCCGGCUCAAGGACCGCGACUCAAGAGCGGUUUGCGGCGGGAUCAGGAAACAGACUAAGUGGCGAUUGCGUGGAUAG